GCAGGCCGGGAGUUUGUCAGUUGGCACGUUCGAGUUGGUUUUCAGUUGCUUCGACUACACAGACACACAAAAUUACCCCCGAAAAAGCUGACAAAAUGUCGACGAUAUGCGCCGAGUCCCAGCAGAGGCACUUCGUCACCCGGAGCAGUUAUGAGGGCGCCUGGGACAGGCUGGUGAAUGUGAUGGACGGAUUCGGUAGCUAUCGCUAUCCGGAUGGCAGCGAGUAUCGCGGCAGAUUCCACCAGGGUCAGUUCCAUGGCUUCGGGCACCUAAGACUGGCACAACCCUAUCGCUUCACGGUGAAGGGAGAAUUCGAGCAUGGUCGCCUGGUGACGGUGGAGGACAUGUGGUUCUCCGACGGCCUGCAUGUCGAGGGCAGGUUCAACGAGAUGAAGCUGGAGUGCGACAAUUGGGACUAUUUGACGCCCGGCGAUCGGCGCUAUCAUGCCGAGCGUCGUUAUGGCCAACAGCCGGUGGGCCCGACGGCCUUUAUUACGGCCAAAAUGCUGCCCAGGGAAAUACCGCCGGAUUGCUACGAUGUCGAGGAGGGCAUGUUCAACAGUAAGACCUGCUGGAUGACGGAUCGACCGGGCCCGUUUCGCAGCCGAAUGUACGUGGGCUGUCAGCAGGAUAAGGAUUUUAUCAAGCGUCAUUGUAGGAAGGCUCGAACCGCGCAUGUUAUUGAACCACCCGCCGACUUUUGCCGCCGCAUUAUAGCCAACAAUUUGGCCACGGAACGGGCUCAGCUCCGAAGGACUGCCAUAUAUGCGCCCAAUGGCGAGGUGAAUCGCAAGCGGUACUACCACAAGCUGACCAAGAAGCGGGGUCAGUCGACGAAGGAGCCGCUGCAAACCACUCGCAGGAAGUCCAUGCCGCCCAAUGAUCCCGCCUGGGAUACGGAGAUGUGUGUGAGGGCCUACGCCAGGAUGCUUGACAAGCGACAUCAGGAUCAGCAAGAGUACCUGAAGAAGCAUCCUUGUGCCAAAAUAGAGGAGGUUAAAAGACCUCGCCAAUGGACGAGCACCUCGGAUGUUCGCAAUCCCGACUCGGGCGGCGCCUCCAGCUGUCAGUCCGAUAGCUUUGGCGAGGACUCACUGCCCCUGGAGGUUCCGGAAACCUACCGAUCGGCCCUCGCCAUGAUGCAAAAGCGACCUGCGGACAACAUCAAUGUGGUGCAGUCCAAUCUGAUUCGCCACAACAGCUACUUGGAAAUGACGCGCUCCAUUUUCGAGCUGUAGAUCGCGAGGAUUGUCUUGUUUAUAUGUAUUUUCCAAUUUAAAAUUUUAGUUAACGCCGCGUUGGAG